AUGGAUAUGAAAGAAGAAUAUAAUUUUGCGAGUAGCAGUAGCAAAUGGCGAAAAUACGAUUCUCGUAAAUGCGCUAUCAACUGCGACGAAAAGCAUUUCAUUGAUUCCAAUAGAGAUAGUUUGGAAAAGAUUUCAGAUGAACGAAAAUUAAAUCCACCGCUCCGAUUAAAAAAGCGAACAAAUAUUAAUCUACGAAUGAUCGAUGGAAUUCCUGAAAGAUUUUUUUACGGUGAUGAGCCAGCAGAACAAAUCGUUGAAAGUGCUAAUAGAGAAGCUGUGAUUAAAAAACAAAAUGAUAAUUUUAAAAAAGCAUUUAAUGAAGCGAAAGAGCGACGAAAAGAGGAACAAGCGAAGGAGGAGGAAAAUUCAGCAAGGCGACGGGAAAUUGAAUUUAUCGACGAGCAGAUAAAAUGUUGGCAAAGAGUAUUAAAUCUUCAAAAAAGGCUCGAGGAAUUCAAAAAAAAAUUUGAGGGAGAUCGAGAACGAGCUGCAUCAACCGUUCGAGCUACUGAUAACAAUGAAGCAAACGCUACACUCGAGGAUGUCGAUUUAGAUUCUUUGAUGGACUGGAAGCGUAAUCGUGUUGAGCAAAAUGGUACUUGCAAUGCUGGUUUGGUUGAUCACCAGACUGAAAGUCGUUCGGAACGCUUCGGUGAAGAACAGAUCUCGUCAGCACUGGAAAUAAUUAUCGGUUGA